GGCACAAAGCACUCGCUGCUGUGCACCGUAAAGUCAACUCCAAUAUCUCCACGCCUUGGGACGACCGCAGGGACUUUUAUACUCGGUCCAGUAAGGCCGGUGCGUUGGAUGGCGGUGCGAGCAGAGCUGAAGCCCGCCGGUCUUUGUAAUAACCACUGGAUUAGUUGAGCAGGCUGGACAUCUUUGACGCAAGCUGAAUUUUUAAUUUGCCAGAUGGAAAUCAACAGAGCUUUUGUGGCACUCCAGCCCCUGUUAUUUGUGCUGGUCGUGAAGAGGUGUGAAAGUGACCAAGUGCUGUAUCACUGCACCUUCGAGACCAACGAAGAUUGCCGGCUGGAGCAGGACCCCAGCGAUGAGUUCGAUUGGGAGGUUCACCGCGGUGUGGCGCCCUCUAGCCACGCAAAGGUCCACCACCGCAGAGGGCGCCAUCACCGGUCCAUCCGGAAGCGAGGCAGUUUCGGGUAUGAGGAGUACCCAGGCCCACUCAGUGUGCUCAGGGAGCUGUCGUAUGAAGAGAGGGAACUCAUGAAUUACAACAUCUUCAUUGACCUAGCGCAAGGCCCUUUCCCCACCAGACCGUUUGUUGACCACACGUACGGAAACGAUUCAGGUCAUUUUGCACACCUGGUGGCGAAGGACAGCACUCGGACCAGCGGCCACGCCCGCAUCAUGUCUCCGCCUAUCACCGUGCCGGAUUCCGUGGAGGCAGACCUGACCUUUUUCUACCAUCUCUGGGACGCCAAGGAGCGACCCUCGGCCAGCCAGCUCAAGAUCUUCGCCUGUGAGGAGAAGGAUCUGGUUUUCACGGCCACUGCAAGCCUGGGCAGUGUCUGGAUGAAGGCCGAAGUGCGAAUACAAUGCAACGGAACCUUUAGGAUCAUAUUUGAAGGUUUUAUCGGAGGAACGGAUGUAGACAUUGCAAUUGACGACGUGAACGUGACCGUCAGUAAUGGUACGCCGGCGACAGAACAGCCUGACAGUACCUGGAACUGGGACGACGACUCCAACGCAACCACUACAAUCUUGCCGGCGACGACACUGUCAACUAGUCCAGGCGACCCUGGGCCUGGACCAGAGGGACCUGACACAGGUCUGGAUCCAGAAACGGCUGUGAGCCUGGUCGUGAUAGCACUUGUUCUGUUUGCCGCCACGUGCUUCAUGCUCCUUGUGACCCUCAUGAUUCACAUCCGGUUCAGAUCAAAGAGAAGGAGACGGGGAAGGUCUCACGAGCCUUUAAGCUUCGGGUCCGAAUUCUUCAACCGCCAUUCCAUGGAUCCCAGCGAGGCAACGGCGUACAUGACCCUGAAUUUCCCUCCAAGUUCUACCUCCGGUUCCGGCAUUGAGCUUUUGUCGAUGUCGGAGCGCCACUCCCAUGACUCGAAGCGGUCAAAACCCUCCAGUGGCAUGCAAUCAAAGCGCUCCUCAGGCCUGAACGCCUCGGCUGAAAGCAUCCGCCGCAGUGUGUACACUAGGCGCUCCACCGUGGGCCAGCGCCGACAGAGCCGGACUUUCCCCGCCACGAAGGAGCUUAAGAACAUCCUCGAGAGCGUCCGGAUGCGGAGAUUCCGGACGCUCAGCCAGCACCUGUCAGUGGCAGAUGUGGAGAACCUACGCCGUACUCUCUGCAGCCAGGGCGAAACCACAUUCAACAGCGAUCGGACUGUGUCGACAGUACUCCUUGACGCCAGUGCAUCCACUCUACGACCCAUGAGCGACAUGUCCGAUCAUUUUUACUAUAGCCUGUUCCCUACUGUCGGUAUUGUGAGCUGUAAGAACUCACUAGUUGCUUGCGAGGAGGCCGGACCAAUCGUUGAGUUGGAUGACAGUAGUAGGCCCUGCUCAGGUGAUUAUGACUCUGAUGACUUGGAAGUGCAGGCAGUGACUAGCGGCUCUUUGCUCAAUAAGUCAAUGAGCAGGAGCGAUACGGGUAGUGAUGCAUCAGUAGCGCCAGAGACUACCCAGAUGGUAGACAAUGAAAUCUAUGAAUGUUACACCAACUCGGACUCAUCUAGUCCAGACACAGCACAAUAGCUCAACAUUAUAUUCCUAUAGAGAUCUUGCCCCGAGACGUUGUCGAGUUCAUACCUUUAUUUGCCGGGAACCUGUGAGCAGCUAUGAGCAGCUGUUAACAUGUGACCGGAAUUAUGUGCACUUGACUAUGUUAGUCAAUAUGUUAACAGGUUUUACAUGUUAACACAACGAGCUAAGACUAUGUACAUAUUUAUUUUCAAGUGUAGAAAAACUUAACAUUAUGUUGUUAAAAUUGUUAUUUUUGUUAUAACUCACAGAAAACAUUCAGAUGUUCUCAUUUGCCAAUAGCAUUUAAAUGUACCGGUAAACUUGCAUAACUUUGAAAAUGUGCCUAAUGUUGAAUCUUAUUGUGAGAAAUCCUGCAGUAUUUAUUCCGCAUUCGCAAAUAAAUAUAUCUCAAAGUUAAAUAGAAACGAAACUAAUGGUUCAGGUGCCUUCGUAAUGUCCUCAAAGGCGAGGUCUUUGGGUUUUUUUUUUAACGUAAUGGCGAUCUCUAUAGACCAAAUAAUUUUCAACAAUCACGCUAAGUUAAGAUGAUUCUAGAACAUCCUUCGUUUGUAAAUAUUAUGUUGAUCAAUGUAUUUAAAUAAUAAUGACAAAGUGCGCAUUUUUGUAAUGUCAUCUUUCUACUAGGAAAGUUGUA